UUGUAUGAAAGAAACAAUCGAGAGAGAGAGAGAGAGAGAGAGAGAGAGAGAGAGAGAGGCGAUGGAGGAAGAGGAGCACGAGGUAUACGGCGGAGAAAUCCCCGACGUCGGAGAGAUGGAUGGAGACAUGGACAUGAUGACUGCAGCUGAUGACGAUGCCGCUAAGGAGUUGGAUGAGAUGAAGAAACGAUUGAAAGAGAUUGAGGACGAAGCUGCUGCUCUUCGCGAGAUGCAGGCCAAGGUCGAGAAGGAUAUGGGUCCUCAAGAUCCUGCUACUAUGGCAGCAGAUCAAGCAGGCAAGGAGGAGGUCGAUGCUCGAUCUGUUUUCGUUGGCAAUGUUGAUUACGCAUGUACACCUGAAGAAGUGCAGCAACACUUCCAAUCAUGCGGCACUGUCCACCGGGUGACGAUUCUGACAGACAAGUUCGGGCAGCCAAAGGGGUUUGCCUACGUCGAGUUUGUGGAAGCUGAAGCUAUACAAGAGGCUCUACUACUGAAUGAAUCAGAGUUACAUGGUCGUCAGUUAAAGGUGUUGCCUAAGAGAACAAACGUUCCCGGAUUGAAACAGCACCGUGGUAGAAGGUUCAACCCGUACAUGGGCUUCCGCAGACCUUUCAUGUCUCCGUACAUGUAUUCUCCUUAUGGCUAUGGGAAAGUUCCAAGGUUCAGAAGACCAAUGCGUUACAUGCCAUACCAAUAAAAAAAACCUUACAUGGUUUGAACAUGUCUUAUAUCAUUCCAUUGUUUGAGCUUUCAGUGACUUCUCUGCUCUCUUUGUUUUAACAACUUCGCAUGUAAACUUUUUCGAAUCUUGGCUGGUUUUACAAGUUUCAUAUUGUUAUGUGUUACAUUAUGUGGUUGGGUUUUAAUAUUUGUUGAAAUCA